AUGAUGGACAUCAUUUCCGUUAAUAAAAAAUCUAAUAAUGAAAAAUUAAAACGUGUUCAUUCAAUGACGACACAGAAUAUAUCCAAAUAUGCUAGAAAAUUAAUAAAUAUUGAAGAUAAAAUAAAUGUUCAUGAUUAUUUUUUACACGAACGACCGUUUACAAAUGUAAAAAUAAUUAUCAAUCAACAAACUGUUUGGUGUGAUAAAGCUUCACUUUCAGCCGCUUCACCAAUUUUUCGUGAACAACUUUUAAAAAAUCAUAAAGAUGAACCUCUCAUAUUCAAUGAUAUUGAUUUAAAUGAUUUCAUAGCAAUGCUUGAAUUUAUCUAUCCAAUAUUUAAUCCUGAAAUUAAUGAAAAAAAUAUUUCCUGUCUUGUUGAACUUUCCUACAGAUUUCAAUAUGGUUAG